AUGUUUGGCUAUUCGUCCCGAACAACAACUGAUAACAAUGAAGAAUUAGAAUCAGAUGAUGACGGAGAUGGUGAAGAUGAUCCUCAUGGUGAGUUAUUGAAUUUUGAAAACGACGAUUAUAACGAUGAAGAAGAGAUAUUAAAUUCAACAAGAUCAAUUUUUGAAGGAAUAAAAAUUGUUGAUAAUAUUAAUUCUAUGCUGAAAAAUUCGAAUUUUAAAAUUAAAAUAAAUGAUAAAAUUAAAUAUCUUCACAAACAAUCAGCUUGUUGGCUAUUGUCCAACAAAUCGAUAGGAUUAUCAAAUGAUCGUUUAUCUCGGAUCAUGCAACAAACAUAAUAUUAGUUCAUAUAAUUGUUGAGUUUUGUGUUUUUUAUUGAUACUUUCUAUGCUUUAUAAAUGAAUGGAAGAAUUUUUUCGUAUUCGUUCGUCUACAUUGCUUUUCGUUCGAUAAGCUUUUAGAUUUUGAAAGACUAUUCAUCUACUCUAAUAUACUUAUCGGUACUUGAAACUACUUUUAAGGAACUUUGGAAGUACUUGAGUGUACUUGAAGGUACUUGAGUGUACUUGGAGUUACUUGAGUGUACUUAAGUGUACUUGAAAGUACUUGAAAGUACUUGACGAUACUUUUGAAAGUACUUGAUGGCAGUUUUGAAGGUACUUGAUGGUACUUUGAAGGUAGUUCAUGAUACUUGAAAGGUACUUGACUGUAUUUUAAAGGUACUUGAAGCUACUUUGUGAUACUUUUAAUGUACUUGGAACUACUUGAAGUAACUUGAAGUAACU